AUGUCUGAGAAAACUCGUCGGGAAAUAACAGUUGAGGAAGUCUCUAAGCAUCAGCAAGAGGGAGACUUGUGGGUUAUAAUUGAUGCCAAAGUCUACGAUCUUUCGAAAUUUGCUUUACUUCAUCCUGGUGGGCGCUCCGUGUUGUUCGCAGAUGAUGUCCGCGGGAAAGAUGCUACAGAUAUUUUCUACUCGCUUCACCGAUCGGAAGUGCUCCUGCGUCCACAAUACGCUCGACUGCAGAUUGGAGUGGUGCCUGGACAAAGGGAGAGGUUCAGGCCUCUCCCGCCUGGAAGCUUGAGUCCCGUUCCUUAUGGAGAACCGCAAUGGCUAUCGAAGCCGUUUCGCACUCCUUACUUCAGCGAGGGUCAUUACAAAUUUCAAAAGGCGUUUCGAAAGCUCAUGGAUGAGGUCAUCAUUCCUGAAGCUAUCAGGUGCGAGGCUAAUGGAAAGAAGUUUGACCAAAAGAUUUCCGAUCUUGUGGGUGAUCUGAAUGUUCUCGCAAUGCGCAUUGGUCCUGGGAAGCAUCUCAAAGGACGCAAACUACUGGGUGGAAUAUUGGAGCCGGAAGAAUUCGACUAUUUCCACGAACUGAUUAUCAACCAGGAAAUUGGGAGGUCAGGGCAGCGUGGUUUCAUAGAUGGCUUUUUCGCCGGCAUGGUCAUCGCGGUACCCACUCUUCUCAACUAUGGUGGACCGGCUGUGCACCACGUCAUCGACGAGGUAUUAUCGGGGAGAAAAUACAUAUCCCUGGCGAUCUCAGAGGCGUUCGCUGGCAGCGAUGUUGCCGGUCUCAGAUGCACUGCGAAGUUGACACAAAACAAGAAGCAUUGGAUAGUCAACGGGACGAAGAAGUGGAUAACCAAUGGCCAUUUCUCUGAUUACUUCUCUACUGCGUGCAGAACGGACAAGGGGUUGACGAUGAUGUUGAUCCCGAGGGGCGAGGGGGUUGAAACGAAUUUGAUCAAGACAUCUUACUCCACUACGGCCAAUACAGCAUUUGUCACUUUCGACAAUGUCAAAGUCCCAGUAGAGUACACUUUGGGUGAAGUCAAUAAUGGGCUAAAAGUAGUUCUGAGUAAUUUCAAUCACGAAAGAUGGAUGAUGGCCUGCAUUGCGGUUCAAACACAAAGAAAUGUUGUGGAUGAGACGCUUCGGUGGACCAACCAGAGGAUUGUUUUCGGAAAACCGCUAAUAGAACAGGCGGUCGUUCGUGCCAAGAUCGCUCAGAUGAUAUCUCGAGUGGAGAGUUGCCAGACAUGGCUGGAGAACAUUACCUAUCAAAUGAACAACAUGAACUACUCGGAAAUGUCUAAAUUCCUGGCAGGACCUAUUGGUCUUCUGAAGGCAUUCAUCACAAGGGCCAGCCAAGACACUGCUCGUGAUGCUACUCAGGCAAGUCUUCCAUCUUCGUUGCAUUGCCGAGCUAAAUUUCUGUCCGUCACAGCUAUCACUCAAACCGGAAUGGGAAGCUUAGUAGAGCUUUAUCACCGAACUGUCCCAUUUGACGCCAUUCUUGGAGGAGCCGAGGACGUCCUAGCAGACUUAGGUGUCAGACAGGCACAGAAGUUUAUUCCUAAGCACAUCCGACUCUAG